AUGUCUUCCCCAUUCUCUUUUGUGCAAUCCUCCUCCUCAUCAUCCCCAAAUCUCGCUAGACGAGAAAUCCCUGGUAAUUAUGGUCUUCCAUUUUUUGGAUCUAUUAAAGAUCGAUGGGAUUUCUUUUACUUCCAAGGAGAAGAUAAAUUCUUUAGGUCACGAAUGGAAAACUACAAUUCCACUAUAUUUCGAGUUAAUAUGCCUCCUGGCCCGUGGAUCUCUGAUGACCCACGAGUUAUUGUUCUUUUAGACGCAAAAAGCUUUCCUAUUCUGUUUGAUACUUCUAAAGUUGAAAAAAGAGAUGUUUUUACAGGAACAUAUAUGCCUUCAACUUCAUACACCGGAGGUUAUCGUGUUUGCUCUUAUUUAGACCCGAGUGAGCCUAAUCAUGGCUCUAUUAAGACCUUAUUACUCACUUUUCUUGAUUCUAAGCGUGACGAAACCAUCCCUCUCUUUCAAACAUGUGUUAAAGGGUUGUUUUCUGGGCUCGAAAAUCAGCUUAGAGACACUAACAGAGUUGAUUUUGUGCCACUUAAUGCUGAUUUAUCACUUGAAUUUGUUUUUCGAUUGUAUUGUGAUGGGAAGAGCCCUUCAGACACUAUACUAAAAUCUGAUGGGCCUAGCUUGAUUAAAAAGUGGUUACUUGGCCAAGUAUUACCCAUAAGAACAAUGGGAUUACCAAAAUUAUCAUACCCAAUUGAAGAUUUUAUCUUGCAUUCUAUAGGAAUACCUUUUUUUCUAGUAAAAAAUGAAUAUGAAAAGAUAUACGAUGCAUUCUCUUCUUCUGCAACGACAUUCUUAGACAAAGCAGAAAGUUUCGGUUUUAGCAGAGAAGAAGCAUGUAAUAACUUAGUGUUCAUAGCAGGAUUCAACUCAUUUGGAGGUUUUACAACAUGGUUUCCGUCUUUGAUGAAAUGGGUUGGAUCCGCAGGGGAAACCCUACACCGCGAUCUAGCGGAUGAGAUAAGAAGCAUUGUAAAAUCCGAAGGUGGAAUUACAUUAAAAGGAAUAAACAAAAUGGGGUUAACAAAAUCAGUAGUUUACGGAAGUUUAAGGAUUGAACCACCGGUACCAUACCAAUAUGGUAGGGCUAAGCAAGAUUUGGUGAUCCAAACCCAUGAUGCUGAGUAUGAGGUCAAGAAAGGGGAGAUGAUAUUCGGGUUUCAACCAUUUGCUACGAAAGAUCCGAAGAUAUUUGAUGAGCCUGAAAAGUUUAUAGGAAAUAGAUUUGUUGGGAAGGAAGGUGAAAAAUUGGUAAUGUAUGUAUUUUGGUCAAAUGGAUGGGAGACUGAUGAACCAAAGAUGAAUGAUAAGCAAUGUCCUGGUAAAAAUUUGGUGGAGCUUAUUUCUAGGGUUUUCUUGGUCGAAUUCUUCCUACGAUAUGAUACAUUUACCGUUGAAAUGGAUGCUUCUAACUUGACUUUCUUGUCCUUGAACAAAGCAAAUAGCUAUUGAAGACUUAAAGUUAGGGAAAAAAAUGAAAUAAUUGAUUAUUGGUAUUACUAUUGAGUAUUGAUUCAUUAUUUAAUAGUCUUGUUAGGGAAUGCUACAUGUGCACGUAAACAAGUACAAUGUAUGUAUUAAGAAUGAAACUAAUUAUGUAUAGAAAAUGAUGGUGUAGUGUAUUAUAGUUUUGUAUUAUAAUGCUACUAGUUAUUUAUUUUCUAAGUUGAUCAUGUAAUAUGGAUAGCCAGA